AUGAAGGUCAACACUCUUUUGGUUGCCGUAGCGGCUGGUACCGCGAUGGCUGCACCCCAGCUCAAGAAGCGCGCCGGUUUUACGUUUUUUGGAGUCACCGAGGCUGGCGCUGAGUUCGGCGAGAAAAGUAUUCCUGGUGUUUGGGGCACUGACUACACCUUCCCCGAUACUGAAUCCAUCUUGACCCUCAUCUCGAAGGGUUUCAACACUUUCCGCAUUCCCUUCCUUAUGGAGCGUCUGACGCCUGAGAUGACGGGCUCUUUCGACGAAGGAUACCUGAAAAAUCUGACUUCGGUCGUCAAUGCAGUCACCGAUGCAGGAGCAUGGGCCAUCGUUGACGCCCAAAACUUUGGCCGAUUCAACGGCGAGAUCAUAAGCAGCGCCUCCGACUUCCAGACUUGGUGGAAGAACGUAGCGGCCGAGUUCGCGGACAAUAAGAACGUCAUUUUCGAUACCACUAACACGUCUGGGGCAGACAACGAAUUCCACGACAUGGACCAGACCCUCGUGCUGGAUCUCAACCAAGCCGCCAUCAACGGCAUCCGCGCAGCCGGCGCCACCUCGCAAUACAUCUUCGUCGAGGGUAACUCGUACACCGGCGCCUGGACAUGGACGGACAACAAUGACAACCUGAAAUCCCUCACCGACCCGCAGGACAAGAUCGUCUACGAAAUGCACCAGUACCUCGAUACUGACGGCUCCGGAACACACGAGACCUGUGUUUCGGAGACAAUCGGCGCCGAGAGGGUUGAAUCCGCGACGCAGUGGCUGAAAGACAACGGCAAACUCGGUGUCAUUGGUGAAUUUGCGGGCGGCAAUAACGAGAUAUGCCGCGCAGCGGUCAAGAGUCUACUGGAUGCGCUGAAGGAGAACGAUGAUGUUUGGCUCGGUGCGCUUUGGUGGGCUGCUGGGCCUUGGUGGGAAGACUAUAUGUUCAGCAUGGAGCCGACGGAUGGCAUUGCGUAUACGGGGAUGCUCAGUACGUUGGAGGCGUACAUGAAUUAA